CUGGAUCCCGUGCUCGCGCCGGCUGGCCCGCAGUCGCGCGCGCUGAGGGCUGAAAGGGGAGCUCUCGAGCGGCGGGUGCGGCUGGCGCGGGUGCGUGCGCGCCUCCCUCCCUCUGCCUCCCCCCCGCCGCCGCCAUGAUAGUGUUUGUCAGGUUCAACUCCAGCCAUGGCUUCCCAGUGGAGGUUGGUUCAGACGCCAGCGUCCUUCAGCUGAAGGAGGCGGUUGCCCAGCGACAGGGAGUUCCAGCUGACCAGCUGCGGGUGAUUUUUGCAGGGAGGGAGCUCAGCAAUGACUUGACACUACAGAAUUGUGACCUGGCCCAGCAGAGUAUUGUUCAUAUUGUUCUGGGUCCACAGAAGAACAGUCAGAACAAGGAUGAGACAGCAGAUAACCAUGCUGGAGGAAUUCUAAAAGCCUUGGAAAGAGAAUCUGAAAGUCUAACACGUGUAGACCUCAGCACAAGCAUCCUUCCGUCCCUCUCUGCAGGAUUGGCUGUUAUUCUGGAUGCUACAAAAAACAGUACUUCUCUUCCCUCUGAAAAAUCAGGUGCAGCGAGUUACAACAGUUUUUAUGUUUUCUGCAAAAAUUUCUGCCAAGCUGUGAAACCUGGGAAACUGAGGGUCCGCUGCAGUGUGUGUAAACAAGGAACACUGACGUUGGCACGGGGUCCAUCUUGCUGGGACGACGUGCUGAUUUCCAACAGAAUAAGAGGUGUUUGCCAGUCCCAGAGGUGCAAUGGGGACACAGCGGAGUUUUACUUUAAAUGUGGAGCACACCCAACUACUGACAGUGAAACAUCUGUGGCUUUGAACCUCAUUACUGCAAACAGUCGCUCUAUCACAUGUAUAACAUGCACAGAUAUUAGGAGUCCUGUGCUUGUGUUCCAGUGUGUGCAUCGCCAUGUCAUUUGCCUAGACUGCUUCCAUUUGUACUGUGUGACUAUGCUGAAUGACCGUCAGUUCAUCCAUGACCCGGAGCUUGGCUAUUCCCUGCCUUGCGUAGCUGGCUGUCCAGACUCCUUGAUUAAAGAGCUUCAUCACUUCAGGAUUCUGGGAGAAGAACAGUACAACCGCUACCAGCGCUAUGGGGCUGAGGAGUGUGUGCUGCAGAUGGGAGGAGUGCUAUGUCCAACUCCCGGCUGCGGAGCGGGUUUGCUUCCUGAACCAGGAGUGAGGAAAAUUGUGUGUGAACCAGGCAACGGAAUAGGCUGUGGGUUUGUGUUCUGCCGUGAAUGUAAAGAAGAAUACCACGAAGGGGAAUGCAGCUCUCUCCUCAGCACGCAGGGAGCCAUGGCCCAGAAGGCAUAUGUAGUUGAUGAACAUGCAGCCAUGCAAGCUCGAUGGGAAGAGGCAUCUAGAGAAACAAUCAAGAAGACAACCAAGCCAUGCCCCAACUGCAAUAUUCCAGUAGAAAAAAAUGGUGGCUGCAUGCACAUGAAAUGUCCUCGCCCUCAAUGCAGAUUUGAGUGGUGCUGGAACUGUGGCCUGGAGUGGAACAGAACCUGCAUGGGAGAUCACUGGUUUGAAUAGUGGGCUGGGGCCAGCCCGUGUUGCUGCUAAAGCUUGUUUUCAUCAGGGUCAAAUUCUGAACUCCUGGCUUAAACAAAACUCCCAGUGGUUUCAGGAACAUGGAGUUCAGAAGUUGGCCCAGUCUGUUGGUUUUUGCUUUCUUGCAUAUGCAAUCAUACCAAAAUCACAUUGAAGUUAUGCCAAGGGGUUUAAAUCCACUAAGUAAAAAGAGUAAUUGUUCUAAUGGACAGACCUGCUCAUUGUGGUACAAAGAUGGGUAAAUUACACCUUUCUGAACUUGUGCAGUCUGUCAGCAUAGAGAGCAGACAGGGUUAUUGUGGGGAACUUUGACAUUUAUAGUCAGGAAUCCGUUAACUCUUGCAAGAGAGAACAGCCUGCACAUGUGUGUGUGAAUGCAGGAGCGUCAAGGGGGUGGAGGAUGUUCCCUGCAUCAGCUGUUUUUAAUUUGACCACUCCUUUGCUCAUUCAGCACAAUUUUUGAUUUUUGAGGCAGUAUUUCUUAACAGCUUUUUUGGCAGAGGGAAGACUGUGGCUCUUCAGUGUUUUCUCAGGGUUCCUUCCUAACAGGCUUUCUGUGGGGGUCUUGCUUUCAAACCAAAUUCUUGUAGAAACAUCCAGCUUUAUGCCGUAUUUAUGCUUGUGUGUUUGUAACAUAUGACACGAAACCUGCCUACAUACUCAUUAUAGACUUUACCAUUGGAAGAUGAGCUAAGGAUGCAGUUUCAGCACUAACCGCAACUGUUGUUGCAGUGGUGACUGGAUCCGAUUAAGUGUUGUGCAAGCUAGACUCACAGGGCUUCAUUUUUCUUGUGCUUACAGCAACACUUUGGAUGUGGCAAAGGGAGGCAGGAGGAGACUUCUCAGGGGUUUUCUCUAUCAUCGUUCUCCUAAAUUGAAUUAGAAUAUGGGUAUGUUUCUGACAACACAUUCACAGCUCAAAUGGUGUGGGACAGAGGGACAUCUUUCAUUUUACAAUGUUAACACAGUAGGUAAAGCUUACUGGCAUUUCCAAGCUUGAACAAUCUUACUGUUUGGUGUGCUUCACGUUGUUGUCUUCUUCUGAAAAGAAAUGGGUACUGUCCACAACCAAUAUGCCAUGUAAGGAUUUGCACAAUUCAUUUUUGGAAAAAAAUGCACAAUGAAUAAAGUGGUCAAAAUUUUACACUUUCUUUCUUUCUUCAUUUGAAUACAAAGCAAGUGAGUACAAAAAUAUUGGGUGGGUCAUGCAUUUCCUUGGCUGAUUCAAACUCCCAGCUGAGAGGGUAGGGAAUUAAAACGUACUAUUAGCACAAAAUAAAUUCCAGGGCCAUGGACUUCUUUUAUCAAGUUUGAAUUAAUAUUUUGCAUGACAUCACUGUAGAGUCCUGAAAAUAUGGGUGUGCCUCAUAUCAUUCAGUGCAGAGCAAGAAGCUUGAGGUAUAAAGAAAUCCCAGGCUCACUACAAAAGUGUCCAGUUGCUAAAAGCAGUAGAGUAUUCAUCUGUCUCAGAUGGAAGUGACCCAAAAGUCUGAGGAAACAAAGAGAUCAGGCAUGCAGUACCAAAAACAAGAGAGUGAAUUAAGAAAAUGAGAGACAAAGGAAGUAGCAACGAAAGGACAAUGGCCAUUUCUUAAAGACCAUUUUCCUUUUUUGGCACUGGUGGAGUAAAAUGUAUGCAGAAGAAGCUACCUUAAAGUGUUGGAGUGCAAUAGAAUGCUGCAACGGAGCUCAUUUAAGUACAUUAUCUUAAUGGGGAUAUUUCACUGUGAGCUCUGAUUAUUUAAUGAUUUGAUUUUCUAUACCUGGGUCUAUUUCAUAAUUUAUAUGGCUUGUUGCCAACAGGCUAGGGAAAAAGAUCAUAAUGCUUAAUUUUACUUUGAUAGUGUGUUACAUGGGAGCUCAUCACUUUAUUUCAUAUCCACAAACAUUUGGAAUAAAAGAAGUCUGAAUUACUUUCACAUGUUUUUAGUGUCUGUCUUAUAAAGGAAGAAAAACUUGUUCACUGUAAGGUAGUUUCACUGAGUUAGAGUCUGCCAUAACAAGUUAAUGUUUUAAUUGUCAUGUAGAAACAUGUAAUUUAUGCCCCUAGAUCAAGGUCCACUGAAGUCAAUGGACUAUGGAUCAGGUCCUGUAUUUCCUUCUGGCCUGGGCAGGGCAUGGUAGGCAUGAGUCAUAAGGCUAAAAUAGAAACAUCUCUUUCUUGGGAAGAACUUGUCAGAGGAUGGGAUUAUGAGCAUUCAUCUAAGACAUAAGCAAGGGCAGAAAGGAGAAUAAAGAAAGGAGUUCCGGCAUUGACUCAGUAUUAUCCACUUUUAGGGACUGACUUUAUAGGCCAUUCUCACAGUGUUUCUUCACACAGUCUAGAGUUACACCCUGACAAAAAACAAAAGUGUAUGCUGCAGAUUUUAAUAAAACGUGUCCUGAUCUUCUCCAUGUUAAUACAUAUAUAUCUGUACGCAUGCAUGCACAAAGUUUGAGACUGUACAAGCUGUAAACCUGAUUUCUCUUUACAGUGACAUUCUCAUAGUUUCCACAAUUUAAAGGGCAUGAAAAAUCAGGACUAAUACUGUGCUGACACUGUAAGAAUGCUGGAAUUCCUAUACAGAUGUGUGAAUUGGACCUAAAAUUUCCUACAAUGAUAAUUAUUUUUUUUUUGCUUGGAUAAUACUUUUUUAAAAAACUACAAAACUUUAAAAAAAGUCUAAUUGACAUUGUAAUUCGAAACAAAACAAAACAGAACAAACCA